CCAUCGCCGAAGAAUGUCAUCAUCCUUGGUAAGAGGGUGUCCAGGUCUGUCCUUCAAGACUCUGAGAUUGCCUUUCUUUUCACCUGGGAGCCGGCGGAUGGUCUGCCAAAAUACUUUGUUUGCGGUGUGGAAAUUCGACUCCAACACCUCACCGAAUUUCUCCCAGAGAUCAACUUCGGCCUUUAGCGCUGCUUACCUGCCGCCUUGCGCGCUUCCGCGUAUCGCAUGCGAGUUGAAGGCUACUCUUCGCUUCCGCUCCAUUUCUUCAAUGCAGCCUUCCUACAUGCGCAUUAAAAUUGCCUAUCAAAGUGAGUGACU